AACAUGAUAAGGUGUGGCUUUAAAAUGGUCGACGACUUACCCAAAACUUACGGCCGAAAAGGCCAGAUAAUUCAUGCCCAAGCGCGUGAAAUCAUCGCAAGAGUGACACAUUUUAUGAAAAAUGAAGCAGCAGUGUUCCAAAGAACAGGAAAACCAGUGAUACCACUGUCAAACUUCAGACAAAGAGUGUUAGCAGCCACACGAAUAUCCGACGUCACGUACUAUAACGUGCUCAAAGAAGCCGCAGAUGUGGCAUCCGGGGAUUUACCCGCAUUCCCCACCCCACGACACAAUAAAACCACCAAUGAGAAGCUUGAGGAUCAUGGAGGCGUACCAAUCAGUCUGGUGCAACCACUGUGUAUCAUUCCCCAGGUGUUUAUCAUAAGUAAAGUCAACAUUGAAGCAAAAAAAACACUAUUUUCGUGCUCCAAUGUGAUUAAAAGAGACUACAAGUGCAAUUUUUGUGAUUUUUCUACUUUUUUCAAGACUGAUUUGUGGCGUCAUGUUGGUAGCGCCCAUUUGGGUGAAUCACGGGCGAGUGAGACGCAAUACAGGUGUGCCAACUGUCCUUUCACCACGUACUCGCAACUGGUACUUCUCAAACAUGAACUAAAUGAAUAAAAAUUGUAUUUAUUA